AUGUUUCUUCCAAAGGUAAGAAGUAUGCUACAAAUUGUUCACCACUUUCAUCCAUCACACCCCUAGAAUAAUAUUUCUGUUGUAAUAUUUGAUAAAAUAUAAAGUAAAUAAUAACAAAAUAUAAAUUUACCGAAUCAUAGCUUGUGACAUUUCUUCAAUUUGAGCUGGCACAGAACGUCCAGCUGGAGCUGGAUCUGAAUCAAAUAUGACUUGUGCACAAGGAUAUUUCCAAAGCUGAAAAUAAAGAAGAAAAGAAUUAAGGAAUAAUAAAAUAAUUAAAAUAAUUAAAAUUUAUGUUAUAUAAAAGUAUUUAAAAUACUUUGAAAUCUGGAAAUACUGGCAAAAUUUCCACAGGUAACACAUUUGGUUUGCUGUAAUGUCUUUCUAUGGGCUUUUUAUUGUCUUCAAAUGUCUUUUCUAUUGCUUUUAUUUGGCUUUCACGAUCCAUAUAUAAAGUUUCUUCCUAUAAAUAUAAAUGCAAUAAAGAUUUAUGCACGUAAUGAAAAUCUUAAUAUAAAUUAAAUACUUACUUUGAAAUUUUUUUUAAUGCUAUAACCAACUUUAGCUUCUACUUUAUCCACAGUUUGUGGUUGAAAUCUAGUUUGUUCUGUGGAAAUGUAUUCAGUACGUCUAAGCCAAGACACACUUCUGGCAUGAUGUCUAGAUCUUUUAGAAUCUUGUGGAGUAAGAAUAUCUUCUUCUAAAAGUUUUUCAUCAGCAGGAUCUAACUGAGCAUUUACAUCUCCUGCAUAUGUAUCUUUAUUUAUAAGAUCAAUUUCUACACCCAAGUCAUGUUCUGUUAGUACUUCAUAUUUAUAAUUACGUUCCAAUGAAGUUGGAUUGUAUUGAAUAAACCUAUGAAUGUUGAGUAUGUAUUACUUAUGUAUUAUGAGCUAACUUGUUAAUAUUUAAACAUGGUCUUACCGAGUAGAUUCAAAUGGAUAUGUAAUAAAUUUGGGAUCAAAUGGUAUAUCAGGCAAUGUAUUGCAAUAUUUAACUCUACAUAUUAAUUCAGAUCUAAAAUGGAAAUAUUAAAGAAGUAUGCAAUAUUGUUAUGAAAACUGCAGGUUAUAAUUAAAUCUUUUACCUUUUUUCUGCUGGUCUAGCUGUACGUUUAUCUCGUUCAGCUGUGUUACCAUUAGUUUGUAUUGUAGGAGCCAUAUUACAUUAGUAAAUAAUAUCUAACAAUGUUUUAGUCAUUACAAAAUUAUUUAAAAUAAAUUGAUUACAAGGCACAUACAUAUAAUUUAUUUAACGCCAUCUAGUUAUGCCUCACGAUACAUAUUCGAAUUCUAAAAGCGUUGCUUUUUCCAAUUUUAGAAACGUUAAAAAAGUAAAACAUUUAAAUAUAUUUACUUAAUACCUAACAAUUGUAAUGUCAAAUAAUAUAAAUAUAUAUUUUAUUUAUUGUACAUCAUCAAAUUAUCGUUACUCAUAUUAUCAUAUCAAGUAUUCAUUAAAUUUUUGAAAUGUUUUGAUAGUAUUACAAAACAUAAUAAAAUACACUUACUUAUAUUGAAAUCACGAAAAGAAGAAUAAUGAGUUUUGCGGGUUUGCUAAUUUUAGUACGCAAGCGUAAGAUAAUAACCAAAGUAUUGAUUUAAAUGCGCAAUAUCAUAUAACGAUAGUCCUAUUUGAAAAUGCGGACAUUGCUGUGUACAGAAACUUGAUAUACUACUGAUACGAAGAACGUAUUGUUCUAAUUUAUCACGGUGAAAGAAAAGGUGUAUAAGAAACAAAAGAAAAUAUGGUUGGACCAAAUAUUUCCUUGUGACUAACCGUUCCGGAAGGUGGAACAUCCUCUGUACAGGGCGCAUCCUUUAGGACACCUUCCGAACACGAGCGUGUAAAUUCGGAACUCGCAACGCUUUGCAAAGUAAGCUGGUUAUGAGAUAAAAGUUUUUGUAGUAUAUGAUAAUGGAAGAAAAAGCUAGUGGAUAAAAAGUAAUUUGGAAUUAAUAAUUUAAAGAACAAACAUUUUUUAAGUUACAAAGUUUUAAAUUGAAAUUUUUUAAAUCUCAAAUUUAAAUUCAAAUUUGUUAGUUCCAAAUUUUUUUAAAGCUUAGGUUAUAAAUUAAAUACAUUUAAAUUUCAAUUUCUACUUGAAAUUAAUGUCAAUUUUAGGUAUAUCCUGCGAGCCCUGUUACAGGGCCCGGAGCAGCGAGAUCCGUAUGGGAAUUAAGUCCCGAUCCCGACAUGGUCGGGCAUCUACCGAAUACUCCAAUUUCUAGCACUACUCAUCAAAAUCAUGAACCAUCUAAAGGCACUGAAAUACGACCAAGAAAUGGUCCCGAUGACAAUAUUUAUGCUGAUGAAACUGCUCCUGGUCAAACACCGUCUGAUGAAACAAAACGAAUAUUUGAACUCCUUAGAGCUGGUGAAAUUGGAUUAGUUGAUGAGUUGGUAGAAAAGAAUGGUCUAAAUGUAUUAAGUGCAAGAGAUGAAUGGGGAUAUACUCCAGCCCACUGGGCUGCAUUAGAUGGAAACAUUGAAGUAAUGCGAUACUUAAUAGAACGAAAUGGACCAGUUGAUCUUUCUUGUCUUGGAACACAAGGUCCAAGACCAAUACAUUGGGCAUGUCGGAAAGGUCAUAGUGCAAUAGUUCAAUUAUUAUUAAAGGCAGGAGUUGCUGUUAAUGCAGCAGAUUUUAAAGGCUUAACACCACUCAUGACUGCUUGUAUGUUUGGAAAAUUUGCAACAGCAGCAUUUUUAUUAGGAUCUGGUGCACUGGGACAUUUAACAGAUAUAAAUGGAGAUACUGCACUUCACUGGGCUGCAUAUAAAGGUCAUGCAGAAUUAAUAAGAUUACUUAUGUAUAGUGGAGUAGACUUACAAAAACCGGAUUACUUUGGUUCCACUCCACUACACUUAACAUGUCUUUCUAGAAAUGUCAGUUGUGUUAAAAUAUUAUGUGAAAAAAGUAAGAUUGAGUUAGAACCUCGUGACAAAAAUGGUAAAACACCAUUACAAUUGGCAAAAAGUCACAGACAUUCAGAAAUUGUAAGAAUUCUACAGGCUGAACAGAAACGGCGAGCUAGAUGGAUUCCACCUAUUAAUGAACUUUGGUUUGAUAUUUAUUGUCUUUCAAGGGCAUUAUUAUUUGGUGGAGCUGGAAACAGUAAAGGUCCUAUAUUAUUAUUUAUGGUAUCCGUUCUUUUAUGGGGAUAUCCAAUGUAUUUAUUAAAAUGUAUUCCGUUAACAUGGAAUCUUUUACGUGGCAGCCAUUAUUGUUUCAUUUAUUGGAAUAUUGUUAUGUGGAUCUCAUGGAUUGUAGCGAACAGAAGAGAUCCUGGUUAUGUACCACAAAAUAGUGAAACCUACUAUAGAGCAAUUAAACAAAUUCCAUAUUUUGAUAAAUGGAAAAAGAGAAAUGUUGUAUUGUCUCGUUUAUGUCAUAGCUGUAGAUGUUUUAGACCUUUACGAGCUAAGCAUUGCAGAAUUUGUAAUAGAUGUGUUACAUAUUUUGACCAUCACUGUCCAUUUAUAUAUAACUGUGUAGGUUUGAGAAACAGAAUGUGGUUCUUUCUUUUUGUUAUGUGUGUAGCAAUAAACUGUUCAUUCACUAUUUAUUUUGCUUGUUAUUGUAUGGCAAUUGAAGGAAUCCAAUUAUUAUAUGUAUUGGGUGUUCUAGAAGCAUUGGUAUUCUGUGGACUUGGGUGGAUUUUGACAUGUACCUCAGUUUUACAUGCAUGUAUGAAUUUGACCACAAACGAAAUGUUCAAUUAUAAACGAUAUUCAUAUUUACGAGACAAAAAAGGAAGAUAUUUGAAUCCCUUUAGUAGAGGUCCUGUUCUUAAUUUUAUAGAAUUUUUUCUAUGUCCUCCAAAUCAUCAAGCAAAUGAUCCACAAAAUUACCAGAUACUUUCAGAAGAUAUCAUGUAAAUAACGAUAAAUUGCAAUUACUAUUUUUUGGUAAUACUGCACCACUAAGAAAGUAAAAAUGUUGUUAAUUAAGCAAUUAAUAUUAUGUCAACAGUAACAUAUGUACCUGCACACAAUCUUAAUGAUUAUUGCUUUUAAUACUAUAGCUUUUUACUUAUGGUAUUGAAUAAAAAAUAUGAUUCAAUAAAUAAUUUAUUAAUUUAUAUUUAUGCAUUUAUUAUACCUUCAAUAUUCUAUAUAAUAUUACAUUCUUUUAAACAUCUAUUAAAUAUGAUUGUAAACAAAAUUUAUAAUUUAAUUAAAAAUUUAUUAGAGAAAUCAUACAUAACAUUAGAUCUCUGAUUCCUCUAAGAAUCAUUAGAUAAAAAAUGUAAAUAUAAUUCAUAUAUACAAAUGAUUUUAAGAAUAUACGUAAAAUAUAUCUUUGGUAAAAUAUACUGCGUUUUUUUAUAAUUAAAAUAUCAGUUUUAGUUUAUAUAAUUAAAAAUGUAUAUAUAAUUUAAAAAUACUAAUAAAAAAAUGCUAAAAAUUAAUUAUUUGUAUAAAAAUUUUAGCUUAGAAUAA